UUUUCGCAUACCGACACUCUGGCUCCAUUUUCGCAGAUUGGCUUCUAUUAAGAACUGGAAUCGUGAAAAGAAUAAUCAGAACAAUAACUCUCUUUUAUGCGUGAGAUUAGCAAUGGCGACCGCAGGAAGACCGAAGCUGUCCGGAAUGCAGAAACAAGUUCUUAGUCUCUACCGAGGGUUUCUUCGAGCAACAAGGUCCAAGUCAAGCGAAGAUCGUCGCCGGAUUGAGUCAAUCGUAUCGCAAGAGUUCAGACGCAAUUCCCAAGUUGACCGUAAGAAUUUCAUAUACAUUGAGUAUUUACUUCGUCUCGGCAAUAAACAGCUUGAUCAGCUAAAGAGCCGUGACACUGUUUCGUUGUCAUCCAUUAAUGUCGAUCUAUCAUCACAACCUGACAAGCCGUGAUUCUGUUUCCUUUACAUUCAGUAUGAUUCGGAUUGAGAUUGUCAGUUUGGAAGAUUUGUUUUUAUAGAUUAACUUGUUUAAGCAGAGAAAGCAGCAAUCUUUAGUUGAAGAACAUGAUAAAAAAAUAUUAAUUAUUA